AUGGAGCCUCCAACAGUGACUGUUAGUGAUUUUUCCGAGCGGUAUCCUUUAAUUCUGCAAAACUUGAGCUUUAUGGAGGAACCAGCAGGACUUCUGUCUAACUGGAGCGGAGGCAGCGAGCCGAAGGCGGUGAGAGGCAGCACUGCGGUCGCUAUCGCUGUGUGCAUCACCGCGCUGUACUCUGUCAUCUGCGUGGUGGGACUGUUUGGAAAUAUUCUGGUUAUGUACGGUGUGGUCAGGUACACAAAGAUGAAGACAGCUACCAACAUUUACAUCUUUAACCUGGCUUUGGCCGAUGCUUUAGCCACCAGUACUUUACCCUUCCAGAGUGCCAAAUACCUCAUGAGCACCUGGCCAUUCGGAGAGCUCUUGUGUAAAUUGGUCAUUGCUAUUGACUACUACAACAUGUUUACCAGUAUUUUCACUCUGACAAUGAUGAGUGUAGACCGUUACAUUGCCGUGUGCCAUCCAGUAAGAUCCCUGGACUUCCGCACACCCAUCAAAGCAAAGAUCAUCAACAUCUGCAUAUGGAUUCUCUCCUCUGCUGUUGGCUUCCCAGUCAUGGUUAUGGCCGUUACUAGAGUGACAGACACAGGCAAAACAGUCUGCAUGUUGAAAUUCCCAGACCCAGACUGGUACUGGGAUACUGUGACCAAGAUCUGUGUUUUCAUUUUCGCCUUUGUGGUUCCUGUAUUGGUCAUCACUAUCUGUUACAGCCUGAUGAUCCUUCGCCUCAAGAGUGUGCGCUUGCUGUCCGGCUCCAGAGAGAAAGACAGGAACCUCCGGCGCAUCACCCGCAUGGUGUUGGUGGUGGUGGCAGCCUUUAUCAUCUGCUGGACCCCCAUCCAUAUCUUCAUCAUCAUCACAACUGUGGUGGAGAUCGACCGGAAGAAUCUGCUUGUGGUCGCCUGCAUGAAAACUGAAGCGCUUUCUCAUGUCAACAGUUUUAUCAGUUAUGGUUCACUGUAUUUUUAA